UCUGAUUGGUUGGCUGGGCUAUGGUUUGUUAUUAGCCAAUAAUCGACCAGACUUGUGGGAGGUGGACCCGGGCCGCGGCUGGAGGGGCCCGGACCAGUUAUCGCUAUUCUUUUGCGUAUGGCAUAAAAGAAACACUUGAGAACAAUGAGCGGAGAGCCGGAUGCGCUGUCAGUUGUUAAUCAGCUGCGGGACUUGGCUUCAGAUCCAUUAAACCGGCGAGCCAUCGUACAGGAUCAAGGAUGUCUCCCAGGACUCAUCCUAUUCCUUGACCAUCCCAAUCCUCAAGUGGUUUACUCUGCUCUUCUGGGUCUCCGAUAUUUAGCAGAAUGUCGUGCCAACCGGGAGAAAAUGAGGUGCGAGUUGGGAAUGAUGCUCAGUUUGCAAAAUGUCGUCCAAAAGACUACCACACCGGGGGACACGCAGCUUCUUGCCACUGAAGUCUAUGACCUUUUGCAGUCUUCCAGCACAGCAGAUGGUGACUGCAUGAAUGAGGUGAACUCACGGAGGCGGAAGGCUCAGUUCUUUCUUGGAGCCACAAAUAAACGUGCCAAAACUGUGGUUUUACAUAUUGAUGGCCUUGAGGAUACGUCUCGAAGGAGUCUUUGUGAAGAUGCCCUGUUAAAAAUCAAAGGCGUGAUUAGUUUUACAUUUCAAAUGGCAGUUCAAAGAUGUGUGGUUCGAAUUCGGUCAGAUUUAAAAGCUGAGGCUUUGGCCACAGCAAUAGCAUCUACCAAAGUGAUGACAGCACAGCAAGUAGUAAAAGCCGAGUCUGGAGAAGAGCUGCUGGUUCCAUUUCAAGAUACACCAGUGGAUGUGGAGCAGAACACAGAUUUACCAGACUACCUACCCGAGGAUGAGAGCCCGAUGAAGGAACAGGACAAGGCUGUGUCUCGUGUUGGGGCACAUCAGGACGGUGGAAGCAAUUGGCUCAGCACUGCGGCAAACUUUUUAUCCAGAUCCUUCUACUGGUGACAUGGGCUUAGGGACUAAAGACUGCAACAGAAUUCAAAGAGAUAUUUCAAUCACCCCAGUGAAGUGCAAUUUUGCAAUAAAAUAAUCUGCAUAAAGUUUUAAAAUGACGCAAACUAUACUGUGUUUUACAUGUACAGUAACAAGCUCGUAAAUCAGCAUUACGGACAAAGGUUGUAGAAUAUGCUGCUUCAUUUUAUUGCCUGUUGCCUCACGUUAUUAAUGGGUCCACCCUUUGCUAUUACACUGUCAUGUUAAAAGCCAAAUGAUUGUGAUAGUGAACACUUGUUAAUGUCUUGAUUUCAGCCUUAAGGUCACUGGUAUGUCUACUUCACAGGAGUUCUCUGUCCACCUCGGUACUCAGGACCUUUAUUCUCAUUAGACAUUAGCAGUGCAUGAAUGCCUUUUACAAACAAUUCUUGUUCUUGCCUUAUUAUUUUAAUUUUUUUUUCUUUUCCUUUUUUUUUUUUUUGUGACUUUUUUUUUUUUCUUUGUCACCAGAUGCACAAACUCAUUGUUUUAAUUUGUCACUAAAAACCAUCCAAACAAAUGCCUUUGACACUAUAGAGAGGAUAUGGGUUUGUAGACUCAAGACUAAAAGAUUUGUGGGCUGUAAUGACAUUUUCAUUCCUUUUGAGACAGAGAUCUGCUGGUACUGUCUGAAUUUUUGUAAAGGUUACAAAAUCAUAUUAAUAUUCUACUAAAUAUAAGAGCUUGUGUUAUGGAAAACAAGUAAAUAUAUUUAUUGUUCAUUAAAAUGUGAAUUUGUAUUAACUAGUAAAAGCAAUGCAAUGUUUGAAGGGUAACUCAAAGUGGAGUGGGACAGAGUCUUGAUUUCCACAUCACGUAUCUGGCAUUGUGAAGUCUAGCACCUUGCACUUUUGGGUCUACUACCCUUGGUGAAAACUGACAGACCAGGUUCACCUCGCCGCCAUCCACGAACUGUUUUCCAUUACCCUUAUAUUACAGUUUAUCUGAAUAUGAAAUACAGAGGGUCUUCCACUAAGCACUGUUUGCAGCUUACUAUGCAUAACUGUGCAGGUCUGACUAAAGAAUUUACAAGAAUGGGGGGAAAAAAAGCUCAUAUUUUGUUAACCAAUAGCGGCUCUCCUUCCUUUUGUUUAUCGGCCACUGUGAUGCAAUCAUUGGUGGUUCUGGAUACAGUUACAAGACAUAGUGAACUGAAAUCAGAGUAGGCACAGAUGGCAAAUUAUGUGGAAUCUUACAAAAAGCUAGUUAAUCUACAUAUUUGCAGCCCUUCCAGGGACAGACACCCUGAUAAAUGUGUUGCUAUACAGUAAACUACACAUCUCAGCUCUUAGAAACCAUGAAAAAGAUAUUCAGAUCUAAAUUCUUCUAAAACCUAAUAAAAGCACCACUAAAAAUAGCUGGCCGGGUUGAUUUGAUGUGAUGAUGUAACAAUUGUUAACCACUAUUUAAAAGCAAAAAAGGAUUCUUUGCAAAUUCCAGGUGAUUGCUAUGUACCAUGGUGCCCUUUUUUAAGACCUCAAUGCCCCUUUUUUUCUUUGAUUUCUAUAUUGGUGUUUUUAUAUUCCAGAUACUUGUAAUAUAAAAGGUUGAAGUGUUAUUUUUAGCUGUCUAAACCACCAGUGGUUGAUUGUUUCCAAGUUUUUUUUUUGUGUCUUGCUCUAGUGGACCACACAUCAUUUUGCAUAGAUUCGUUAUGAAAGGUCAUGAUGCAGGUUUUAUAUUGAAAGGUGUGUCGCCCUUUGAUAUAUAGCGUGGUUUAUGGAAAAGUAUGUUUUCCUUUUUUUUAUUUUAUAAUGUUUGAUUAUUUAAGAUCCUUUUGCAUGUAAAACGGUGGUGUAUGUUGGAAUGACCAUUUUCAUGGGAAGUAGGCAACAUGAGAAUUUUUAUAGUAUGCUCAGUAACCAAAGGCCAACAUUUUAUCCACUAAUAUCAAUCUUAAAAUGGAUGAAUAUAAGGCUAGUUUCAGGAAUGGCUAAAAAAAUAAAUAAAUGCAUUUAAAAGCCCAUCUGUAGUGAAACAGGAAGUGCUGGGUAAUCCAAAUAAAAGGGGAAAAAAUAAAAAUAAACGAAUGGGAAAUGGGGGAUAUAUAUAUAUAUAUAUAUCUCACUCACACACACUGGAAAGUAUUAGAACUUGCUGUCUGUGACUUCCUGUCAAGUUGACCUUUCCUCCUUAUUUCAAAUGUCACAGAAAAUCUUUCCAACGGGGACAUGGAAAUAAAAAACAAAAAAUUGUAUCUGAAAUGUAAAAUAAAAUGGUUGGAGUUAUGUAUAUUUGUGCAUUAACAAAGUAUAAUUGCAAGUUAAAUUGGGUUAAGUCCUCUAUUGUGCCAGCUAUAAAUUGUACCUCUAUUUUGAGUUUCCAUCUUGAAAUGAAGAGAAUUUCAGAUGCGCCCUGGAACCUUGUAUCUAAACUGCAGUUUAAAUGGAAUGAGGAGAUGGCUGAAGGUGGUUGUAAAUUCUUAAUAAAUAUGGAUAUUACUGCAUUUA